AUGGACAUGUGUCAGAGUAUGACUGUACACCUUGAUGUGAGAAGCUGGAUGACUCUUGGAGCAUAUUUCAGUCUACUCAUGUUUUACUGUUUUGAUCCUGAGAUGAUGGAUAAAUAUAGGUUACCAGACUUGAAUGUGCAAUGGCUGCGAGAACAGAUCGGCAUUGUAUCUCAAGAACCAAUCCUGUUUGACUGCAGUAUCGCGGAAAACAUCGCUUACGGUGACAACACAAGAGAAGUUCUCAUGGAUGAAGUCAUUUCUGCAGCCCGGAAAGCCAAUAUCCAUGAAUUCAUUACUUCAUUACCAGAUGGUUAUGAGACCAGUGUUGGUGACAAAGGGACGCAACUCAGUGGUGGACAGAAACAACGAGUGGCCAUUGCUCGUGCCUUGGUCAGAAAUCCCAAGAUUCUCCUGUUGGAUGAGGCAACAUCAGCCCUCGACACGGAGAGUGAGAAGGUUGUACAGGAAGCCUUGGACAAGGCUAGAGAGGGACGUACCUGUAUCGUGAUCGCUCAUCGGCUGUCCACCAUCCAAAAUGCAGACAAAAUUUGUGUGAUCAAACACGGCCAAGUUGCAGAACAAGGUCGCCAUAGUGAUCUGAUGUCCAAACAGGGAAUUUACUACAAACUGCAAAAUGCACAGGCUCGCAAAAAUUAA